GGCCCACAGAUCCCCGCCCGGCGAGUCGGCGCGAAGCAGAGAUUUUGAAGAUGUCAGAAAGGCAUUCAGGUCAAGCCGGCGCUGGAGCCGGAAAUGAGGUGGACUCUCCUAUUGUCAGGGUCAAGUCCUCCAGCUUUGGAGACCUUUAUUCCACAUCUUCUUUUCAAGAUAGUGGCUACAGUGAGCUGUUAAAAUCGUGCAGCUUUGAUAAUACAGAUAAAGAAUUAUUUGGAAAGAAAGAAAGAGGCUCAGCAUUGAUCCAUGAACAUCCUAAAACUUCAAGUUUGGCCUUAACCCAUAGUUUAGAGUCUCCCACUCAAAGAAAGAGGUUUGUCUUCCUCAGGAAGGAAAAUGAUAAAACCCCAGAACUUUGUGAAACUCCUAAAGUCAGUGGAAAAAAGCAUUUGCUGCGCAGAAGGUUGGACAUAUCUUUCUCUCUUCUAGACAGGGACUUUGAAUCACAGAACAGUUCCCUCGAAAGUAGUACAAGUCAAGUUCCCAAUUUAGAAAAAAAAUUUCCAAGCAGUGCUUCAGGCUUUCCAAGGCAAGAUAAUUUUAGUUCUUCAGUUACUAGCACUUUGGGAACAGAAGAAGUAACUUCCAGCAGUCAAAAAUUGAGACUUAAUUUUUCUCAACAGAAGACUUCCACAGUGGAUGAUUCCAAAGAUGACUGUGGCCUCUUUGAAGUUGAAUGUAUAUCUCCAAUUCAGGGCAGUAAUUUUAAAGACUCUAUCACACAUGACUUUAGUGACAGCAGUCUAUGUAUUAAUAAUGAGAAUACAUAUCCCGAACUUCUGGGCUUUUCUGUUGGUGGAACAAGCUGUAGAACAGAUGAGGACAUAUUUGUGACUCCAAUCAGUAAUCUCGUACCAAGUGUUAAAUUUAAUGCAAGCCGAAGAUUUUCUCCUUCAGCUGGAGUGAGACGCAAUAUUUCGACCCCUGAGGACAGCGGUUUCAGCUCACUUUGCUUGGAUAAAUCAGAAGAUUCCCUAUCUGAGCAAGAGGGCUCUUUCCAAGAACUAUUUCAGAAACAUAAGGGAACUCUCAAAGUCAGGGACACCAUAAAAAAGUCAAGGCGUCUUGGAAGACUGAGAAGACUGUCCACCCUUCGGGAGCAAGGCUCACAAUCUGAGACAGAAGAAGAAAACCAGACCUACCUCUCUAGCUCUGAAUCAACACCAGCAACCGCUUCAGACAUUUCAGAGAGCCAGCCGAGCAGUGACAAUAAGUGUGAGGAUUUAAGCUUUAAGAAUUUAUCGAAGACCCCAGCCUUGCAAUUAGUGCAUGAGCUUUUUAUGAAAAGCAAAAGGAAGAGAUUCCAGCAAAACGGUGCACAUGAGUUGUUAGAAGAAAGGGACGGGGGGAAAAUAGCUGCACUAAAGUGUGUACUCGCAGGACUGAUUGGCAAGAAAAUGGGUAUAGAAAAACUGGACAUCUUAACAGAAUUAAAAUACAGAAAUCUAAAGCAUGUUCUUGCUAUGGUUUUAGAUUCCUUGACUGCAGAAAGCCUAUGUAGUGUUUGGAAAGUGAGCAGAAAUUGGCGUGAAAUUAUUGUUCAAGAUAAAAAAGCAAAUCGGAGGAGGAAAUUACAUAUCACACAACUGAAAACAGAUUCUGAGUGUUUCUCUAUACAGAUGCCUGACUCACCAUCCGCCAGAACUGGAACUCUCCUCUGUGGGGCUAUAUUAAAUGUUGAGGAUGCCGCCACUCGGCUCCAUCUCUUAAAUCGAUCAGCUUUAAGGUCUGUGCAAGCACAGGCUAGGACACCAGGUUUUCAGAAAGAACAAGCUUCAACAUUUUCUCCUUGGGGAGAAGUUUUGACACCUAUAGCAAGCUCUUCUGUUACUCACUUAAGUAGUAAACAGGAAGAAUAUGUCAAGGUUGCCAAAACACUUUUUAUUGAUGAAGCGUUAAAACCUUGCCCAAGGUGCCAGUCCCCUGCUAAGUACCAGCCUUAUAAGAGAAGGGGGCUGUGUAGCCGCGCAGCCUGUGGCUUUGACUUUUGUGUGCUGUGUUUGUGUGCUUAUCAUGGGUCUGAAGAAUGUAGUAGAGGAGCAGCAAAGCCAAGAAAUAGAAAAGAUGUUCUUCCAGGAAGUGCCCAGAGUAAGCGGAAUUUAAAACGCCUUUAAAGAGACUUUAAGUAUAAAAGAAGCAUUCCCUCUGAGCAACAUUUUGUGUGACUUAAAAUUAUGAGUAUUUUGAAAGCAUGCAAAUCUCCCCGUCAAUGACAGAUGAUGAUUUAUUUCCUGUUUUGUAUAUAUUAUGACCCAUGUCAUUGUAUGUUUUCUUUGAAGUAGUGAGUUUUGCAAAAAAUCUAAUUUUACUAUGUUGUUUUUACUCAUUUUAAUAACUUAGUGUUUUUAAAUAAAGAAUUUUCAGUGUUA